AUACGUUUGUAGUCAUAUGACAUGCAGUCUGAAUGCAGCUGUCUUAAAGAGUUUCCUUCCACACGCAAAGUAGCAUAUAGACUACGAUUUGAGUAAUUUUCGGAUAAUACCUAGUCCUUGCUGCAAAGGGGGAAUACAAAGCUUCGCUGUUGGAAAUGUGUAUCCACGAAUCGAGCGGUAUUUGAGAAAAGACAGGAUCGAAAAAGCUUGAAUUAGAAGGUAAAAUGCAGUCCAUACUUACAUCUAAUCUUCUAAUCUAGGUACUAGCUGUCCUAGAUUUCUCACGUCAACAAUAUAUAUGUCUUCACAAAAUACCGUAGUUAACGUUAAGUUUAUCAUCGUCAAUAUAUUAGUUUCGAAGUUUCGCAAAUACUCUUGAAAUUGUUUGGUUUGUAACCGGACGGACUGUCACAGCACCUGCAAAAGCAAAACCUAUCAUUCUGAUAAUAGUUUACAGGUUGACAAUGCUGUAGCAUUGAAGUAGAGAUCGUCUGAAUCUCUAGUCGAAUGAAUUUCUAGCAUACUUUAAUCUAUUGAUAAUAGAACUAAAUACAGUAGAAAGGAAAGGCACAAAGUUUAUCAGGCAAAAUAGUGUUGCUAUUAUUCUGGAUAUAAAUUACCCCUAUGAAAUUCAAGUUGUUGCGUACCAAGAAAUUUCGAAAGUAAUGCCUCUUGUUCAGGAAUAUUGUUAUCUACAAAAUGUACAACAUGAAUAAUGAGUAUAUGCCUGCCAAUUAGAAGGCAUGACUCUCGACGGUUUUGUAAAUAAUACAUGACUUUGUUUCGCUGUUCAAAAUUUAAUCGAUUGAUUUUGUCAACAUUACUGUGCUUUCUAAGAAAAUGACAACUAAGAAUCCUACUGUUUCUCACUACAAGCGGCAAGCAUAAGAUAGGCAUCAGAUAAGCAAGCGGAUCCAUUUGAUGUUCACGCAGUUGCGUUGUUCUCAGAGACUUGUUCUUUAGGCACUCGGAACGCAACGUUCGAUAUUCCAGACUUAGGUACUAAGUGACUUCGGUGAAGUAGCGAGGACAGCACAAUGUCACCAUCAGUAUGUUUGAUCAUAAGCUGAGUGACGAGGAAGUUUUCUAAGGCAAUUAAGUUCUUAUAUGAUAAGUUUCAUUCGUGGUUCUGCAUAUGGACGUUUAUCAACAUUAGCCAUAACAGUUAUCAUCUAAAAAAUUGGCAAAAUAAAUGACUGUACAAUUUGUGCUCGUCUGUAUGGAACAGACAAAGAAAAUUUGGUCAACAAAGUAAUUUGCACGUGGUCGGUCAGUAUUUCAUUGUCGCAGUUGCUAAUAAUAGCCAUAGUAGCGGACAGGAAAAGACACCAAAACUUAUGACAGGAAAUUUGGUGUACGUAAGCAGAAAUUGGUAAAGUAAAAUAAACUUCCCAUAUGUGUAUUUGAAAACCUAUCACAGAACGCUUACUCGUACGUAUGUAAACUGUUUUUAUGGCUUGUGAAUAUGGUUUUAUCGAAGUGACCAUCAGGCAAACGCAUGGACAUACAUACAGGCAAACGCAUGGACAUGCAUGUCUGCCAAGAACUACAUGUAAAAUUCACAGAAAAUUUCUAUAUAUAUUUGAAGAUUGACAAUUUCAAUUCAAACUUGUUUUGCUUUCUACUGCAAGGGCUGCAGGUUCGAUUCCAGCCAGAUUACCUAGUAAUGCAUUUUUCACAGCCGUUCCUGGUUAGACCUUAAAUUUUAUACAUAUGUAUGUAUGAUCACGUGGAUUAUCCACCAAACACAGUAUCCUAUAUGGGUGGGCGUAAUUCUUACUUAGUUUCCCUAUCCGGAAUGUGAUAUUCUUAGUAAUUUCGCCUUUUUGAAUGAGGAAUUGCGUAGGCAUGGGUUGGGGGCACUUUUCAUAACACCGGAUAUCCACCUAAACUAAUCAACUGAAUACAAAAAAUCUUGCGGCAAGACUAAUAUCCCACAGGUAAUUUCCCGCAUUUUACUCAGUAUGAAAUGUAAUUAUUCUUGCAUUACACGUUGGAUUCAAAUAAUAUACUGAUUUGAGGGGACACUAUAUAUAUAUAUAUAUGUCAGCAAAGGCUGCCAAGCAAAAGAGUAAAUCCAUUUACCAAGUCAAGUCAAAUUGAAUAAAAUUCGCAGUCGAAUACGGUUAGGAUUAGGGACUAAAUCAUUGAACUACUAGAAAAUACAUGCAUGCAUAAACCCUCGCAUUGCUGACAAAACCAUGCAUUGUAUUUUCCAAACAUAGUCAUUAUGGUAACACGAUAAUUUUUUAGAAUAUUUUUACAAAUGAAAAUCCCCUACAAAUAUCACUUUUAAUUACAAAAUUAUCAAUUUCUCAAACAUACAUAUGUUAGGUAUGUUAUUUUACGUAAUGUAAACUUCAAUUUAAGGUAAAAUGCAAGCACAAAUUCUUCUUUACUGGGGGGGCAAAUUCUUUCCCUUGGGGGGGGGGGAAUUGGGCCCCCGGAAAUAUAGUUAAAAAAGGCACUGGAGUAUUUUACAUCCACUAACAGCAAAAAAUUCCUGGAUAACAGUUUCCUAUUCAAAAUAUUACACAAGUUUGAACGUGCAGAAAAAAACUUCGCACUUUAACUCCUGAGAAAAUAACUGCUCCACGUUCUGGAAACAUGUUUUGUAUUAAAUUUCAAGUAUUGUUGAAAGUCAUAAACUUUUUUCCUUGUGGAAAUAUAGCUAUUUAGGGCUCGAAAACAGACGUCUUUUCGGCGGCGUAUUUUCGAUGCCUACAUAGACGGCGGCCAUCAUGAGUGGCUUCAAAGAUGGCGGCCAAGUAAUCGUUCCAGUUCCCUUAGAGUUUACUGGUUCACUCACACAGUUCGCUCUUGGAAAUAAUUUAGUUUUCUUUUAUUAUAUAAGCAUUUUUAAUAUAAAAUAGGGCAAUUGAGGAGGCAAAUGGAAAAUGCACAAGAAACAAAACAAACUUGCUUUAUACUUCACAAUUUCCCAUGUAAUAUAUUUUCUUGUAAAAAAACUCCCCCUUUACAGCUUAUUGAAUGGAACGACUUUUCCAUAUGUUUUCAUUCUUUUCAACUGAAAUCUUGGCAGUUGGCUCAAUCUACUCCUGGCAGUUCACAUUAUUUUGAGAUCAGUGAGAUGACCACCAACUUCCCACUUUUGAAACCGUUAGCAGCCUUCCUUUUCCCGGAUGUGAAUAGCCGAGCGUGAUUAGUUCACUCGCCCCUGGUUUACGCUCCCGCGGUUGGCAGGGGAUUAUGUGAAUACUUAUAUAACGGUUUAUAUAACAAUGUCAAGGCUAAGAAAAGUAAUAAUUGCAAAAUAACAAUGCAAAGUCCAACAAUGAGUAAAUAAAAGCACAAUUAUACUAAUUAUAAAUUUGAACAGUGAGUGACUUAAUUGAAGGCAAAGGCAUUGCCAUGACAUUCGGAACACUAUUUUGAAAGGAAGGAUUAAAUAUAUCGAUCGAGACUCGACGUGAUAAGCGUUCUUGGAUAGAAUAAAUUUUUGUUUGCAUUGCCAUUGCUGUUUUUGGAUUUGAGAGAAAAUCAUGUUAGACGCGUGUAAUACGACACUCUAGUAAUCAGGGGCGAAAUUAGCUCCUUUAAAAGUUCGGGGAGUGUCUGCCAGAAUUGCCCUGCCAAAACCGAUGAUGCCCUGGAGCAAAGUUUUAUUUCUGACCACUAUUUUCCCCCAAAAAUGUGGGAGAGUGGGGGGGAGUUGAAAAUUUUUUUCCGGACAUUAAAAAAAGAGUCGAAAACUUUUUCCGAACAUAAACUAGUUAAACUAAGGGUCAAAAAAAGUUUUCCGUACAAAUUCCUGUUAAAACAUGGGUGAAACACUUAUUUUUGGACGAAUAUCUGUAAAAUUUAGGUCUGUAAAUUCUAUUGAAUUGCCUCUGAAAGCCCUGUAAGUUAUUUAAUAACUCUACAUUCAAUCAUUUAAAAUAUUUGAUUGCCCUGCCAAUCCAGAUGAUUUGUAUUUUGGGGGGUGUCACACCUCGGAAUUCAAAUUCCUGAAACUUCAGGUAGUUGAAUUCAAACCCGAAUUCCUUUUUGAAUUUUUCAGGUAGUUUCAUCUCAUACCAACCUAAGUUUUGUCCUGGUUUUGUCUGGUCUGCCGUCACCCACGCUUGCAAAGACCGUUCAAGAUUGACGGUAAAAGGGCAUCCCUAUCAACCCGAAGGCUUCGUUAUAUAUUUAACCUUUGUCUUUCCCUAAGAUUAUUCGGCUAUGUAAAUAUGUAUAUCUUCGUACAGAGUACAUCUUGAUUCCUUAAAUAAAUAUUUUCUUUUUCAAUAUUGAAGUCGAAUCACUUCAUAUUUCUCCGAAACCGCUACGGCCACCUAUCCUUUACGAACUCCUUUUAAUACUGACACUUCCUUACACGGACGCUUCCUUAAUACGGGCACUUCUCUAAUACGGCUUCCUCUCCAAUACCGCCGCCUCUCUAACACUGACACAUUUCAUAGAUGGACGCGUCCGACAUACGGAAGAACAUGCACCCACGAAUGCGGACAACUCAAGUACUUGAACAAAAAACUACUUCUUGUCCCUGCUACAAAUGGCUGUUUAAUACGGACACCCCCCCCUCUCCUCGUUCAUACUGCAUGACCCCCUACUGUUUAAUUGAAAAUGCGACAUUAAAUUAGAAUUAACUUGAUCACACCUUAAAGCAAACAGCCAUUUUUCUAAUAUUGACAUCUCCCUAAUACUCGCACAUAAUUAAAACAGAGUGUCUCAAAUCCCUAAAAGAUACUAAUGACAUAAUUGAAUAAUACCCAGAGGAACUCUCGCUCGAAAAGUCAAAGUUACUUAAAUUAAUAAUCUUUACCGCAUUGUUUUGUAACACCUAUACUGUAGCACGGCAAAAUCGUGUAAAAUAUGCAAGCUAAAAAGUUUGAUGUUCUAAUAAAGAUAAACUGAUUUUGAUCACAUUCAGGUAUUGCCUACCAAACGAAAUCUGGUUGAGUCAUGAGCUUUAGAGGAUGGUGGAAAUCCCGACACAGUAUACUUAAAUCAAGAUCGCUCGACAACAUUGACGAAAUAAAUGCUGGAAAAAUAUUCAAAAUUCGUUAUAUUGGAUGUACAAACCUGGACGAAAAUGAGGAAUGUAAUUUCAAUAGAACUGCUGAUGGAGUUCUAAAUAACCUUUCGAGUAAAACAUUGAAGAAAUUACCGGCAUUGGAGCUGUUCAUUGACUCAAAAUCGAUAUCAGUGACCGAUAAACUUUUGCAAGGCCAUUCUUUACUUGAAGUCUCACUGUCAGAUGUCAGAGACAUAUUAUACCGUAAAAAAGAUAGCCAUUAUGGUAAGAUUUGUAUUUUUGUGGCAAGACAUAUACCAUUAAGCUCAUGUUUAAAGGCACAUGUGCUUUAUUGUGAUACUUACAACCUCGCAGAGGAGCUUUUUGAAACAUUUCGUAGUGCAUUCGAAGUAUUUAAUCAAAAGGCUUCGGGCAGUUCCAAUAAUUACUGCGAAAUACCGACCCAUAAAAUUCCAAAUGAGAUCAAGGAAACGACAUAUACUGCGAAAGAAACACAUGGUUUGGAUUUGUGUGAUAUAAAUGACAAUGGAUUAACUCUAAAAUAAACUGAUGAUUUUGGCAAUUUAAGGAGGUCAUUACAAAAGUUUAUGCUCACACGUAACGUAAAAUGUAUAGGCGAGGUCAGCCAACGAACUGAAGACGGACCAAACACAUUCUCCUCAAGGAAAUUGAAGAAAUGGGUCACGGUUUCUUUUCAUUGUUAAUAAGAAUGGUAGGCCUUUCCAUUAACACGGCCAGACCGGUCAGAAUGGUCAAAUUGUUGAAUUGAACACAAAAUGCUUGAACUUUGGACCUAUCUGACAGGAAAAUUUAGAUAAAAUUAGAAUGAGAUCCAUUUUCGCCAGAUAUUUGAGAAACAUAGGCCAGAUACUUCCAUUGAUACAGAGACAAAAAUUCGGGUCUGACCGGUCAGGCGAUAAAAUGGAAAACGCCCUACGAUUACAAGUUAUCAAAACAUUAAAUGGAUAUAUAAGCCGCCCUGUAGCGCGGUGUAGGGCGCUAUAAAAUACACGCAGGUGUAUUAUGCAACAGGAGAUUGGCACGAGUGUGCUUUUAUGUUGUUGAAAAGAAAAAUAAACGAAAUGGCGGAGAAAUUGAAAAUACUAAGGUGAAAACGUCCUUACACAGGAGAUAGUCAUAUUGCUGUGUUUAAACGAAAUAGAUAAAUUAAUAACCUCAGGAGCCGGUUGUAUCAAGCCCGUUUAGCUUAAACGGUGGUUACGUUCGAAAUAUAAAGCAAGUCUAUAGAUUCAUUCAACAACCAAUUAAAAAGUUUUGAACCUUAAUAGAACGAUAAUGUUUACAACUACAUAUUUUGUGUAUAAUAGCUGAGUUGACUGAUUCACGAGAGAUAAAGAGUGUUAUUUAAUUUUGACUUAACCACCGUUUAAGCUAGACGGGCUUGAUACAACCAGCCCCUGGAUUUAGUGGCAAUUGAUAUGUCGUAUUAAUUCCGAUGAAAAAUGAAUGGACAAAAAUACAUUCUCAUUGGUUUAUGGUGUUAAAUUUUAACAUUCAAGUGCAUUUUUGCUAUAGUCCCAGACUCCUGCGGCAAGGUAUGUCGCGCGGUUGCGGGGAGUGUGAACUGUUUUUUCAACAAAGUUGUAAAAAAUUUUAUUUCCAGACUUAAAAUGGAAACAAAAGUUUUGUAAAGCAGAAAAACCCAUUCCAGUGGUGCUUUUUUACGAAAAGAAAUCGUUUUGAACAGAAUAUAUACAGAAAUAGAUUUUCAACGCUGUUGUGCGAGCAAUCACAAACUACGAAAGAUCAAGACAAACUCAAACUUAAGAGGUAUACGGUAUGUUCUAAAAAUAUUUCAAUUGUUUUAUACAUAACUGGAGUUCAAUAAUCUUUUAAAACUUACACACUUUUUAAACUUUCUUCAAACACUCAUUAAUAAUUCAUGAGGAAAACACAAAGAAAAAUCCUAAGCGUGUCGUAUCUUUAUAUAUGUGAUAGAGAU